AUGAGUGAUUUAGAAGAAGAAGAGGACAGAUCAAAGUCUCCAGUCUCCAGCUGUCCCUCUAUGAAGAGCGACUGGAGUAAAGACGAUCCUCCAGACUUCAGUAAUGAACCUGGACCCUCAGACACAAAAGAGAGGAAGAGGAGUCAUGUUUCUGAGGAGGAUCAGCCGUCCUGCUGUGGUUUGUGUCAAGACGUCCUGAAGGAUCCGGUCUCUACCAGCUGUGGACACUGGUUCUGCAGACAGUGCAUCACCUCAUACUGGGACCGGUCUGCUUCACCAGGAGACUCCUCCUGUCCCCAUUGUGGAGAAAGAUCCAGAACAAGAGCUGGAAUGCAGUCAGCCAGUGAGACCAGCACUGCACAAGCAGCUGGUGGUCUGCAGGAAGUUUUAGAUGAACAUAAGAUCAGUCUGAAGAGGAGAUGUGAACAUGUGACUGAAGGAAGUGAUGGAACAGGAAGUGGAACCCUCCUCAACAGGAUCUACACUGAGCUCUACAUCACAGAGGGACAGAGUGAAGAGGUUAAUACCCAACAUGAGGUGAGGCAGCUGGAGACAACUUCCAAGAUGGAAGCCCUCCAUGACACUCCAAUCAAGUGCCAGGACAUCUUUAAAGCCUUACCUGACCAACAGGGACACAUCAGAGUGGUUCUGACGAACGGCGUCGCUGGCGUUGGAAAAACCUUCUCGGUGCAGAAGUUCAGUCUGGACUGGGCAGAGGGUUUGGAGAACCAAGAUGUCAGUGUGGUGGUUCUGCUUUCGUUCAGGGAGCUGAACUUGAUCAGAGAUGAGCAGUACAGUCUUCUGGAGCUGCUCCAUGUUUUCCAUCCAACAUUACAGAAGGUCCCAGCAGAGAAGCUCGCCGUCUGUAAACUUCUGUUCAUCUUUGACGGCCUGGAUGAAAGCAGGCUUUCUCUGGAUUUCAACAACAAGGAGGUUGUGUCUGAUGUCACACAGAAGUCAUCGGUCAACAUGCUGCUGACAAACCUCAUCCAGGGGAAUCUGCUUCCCUCGGCUCUCGUCUGGAUAACUUCCAGACCUGCAGCAGCCAAUCAGAUCCCUCCUGCAUGUGUCGACAGGGUGACAGAAGUACGAGGCUUCACUGACGCCCAGAAGGAGGAGUACUUCAGGAGGAGGGUCAGUGAUGAAGAACGGUCCAGCAGAAUCAUCUCACACAUCCAGACAUCCAGGAGCCUCCACAUCAUGUGUUUGAUCCCAGUCUUCUGCUGGAUCACUGCUACAGUUCUGGACCACAUGUUGACUACAGAGCAGAGAGGAGAGCUGCCCAAGACCCUGACUGACCUGUACUCACACUUCCUGCUGGUUCAGACCAAGAAGAAGAAGCAGAAGUAUGAUGAGAGACAUGAGACGAGUUCACAAGAGCUGAAUGAGGCUGACAGAGAUGUUCUUCUGAAGCUGGGGAGGCUGGCGUUUGAACAGCUGCAGGAAGGAAACAUCAUGUUCUACCAAGAAGACCUGGAGCGCUGUGGUCUCGAUGUCACAGAGGCCUCGGUGUACUCGGGAGUUUGUACAGAGAUCUUCAAAAGAGAGAGUGUGAUCUUCCAGAAAACAGUCUACUGCUUCGUUCAUCUGAGCAUUCAGGAGUUUCUGGCUGCAGUCUACCUGUUCCACUGUUACACCACCAGGAACACAGAGGUACUGAGGGCUUUCUUUGGGAACGACUGGGACAAUGACAGCAGUGAUGGCAAAGGUCCCUCAUUCCUGAAGAACAUAAAGAGAGUCCUGGGGAAAUCCCUCAAAAGUGACAAUGGCCCAUCACUGGAUGACUUCUUGAGGAAGGCCAUGGAGAAAUCCCUAGAAAGUGAAAAUGGCCACCUGGACCUGUUUGUCCGCUUCCUCCACGGCCUCUCUCUGGAAUCCAACCAGAGACUGUUAGGAGGCCUGCUGGGUCAGACAGACAACAGUCCAGGAAUCAUCCAGAGAGCCAUUAAUAACCUGAAGAAGAUGAACACUGAUGAGAUCUCUCCUGACAGAAGCAUCACCAUCUUCCACUGUCUGACGGAGAUGAACGACCUCUCUUUAUUUCAGGAGAUCCAAGAGUUCCUGAAGUCAGAGAAGGAUCUCUCUGAGACCCACUGCUCAGCUCUGGCCUACAUGCUGCAGAUGUCAGAGGAGGUUCUGGAUGAGUUGGACCUGGAGAAGUACAAGACAACAGACCAGGGACGACAGAGACUGAUUCCAGCUGUGAGGAACUGCAGAAAGGCUCAGCUUUCUUACUGUGGACUCUCAAAAACUCACUGUGACGUUGUGGCCUCAGCUCUGAAGUCCAACCCCUCCCAUCUGAGAGAGCUGGACCUGAGUGGCAACAGCCUGGAUGAUUCAGGGGUAAAGCAGCUGUGUGAUGGACUUCAGAGUCCGAAUUGUAAACUGGAGACUCUGAGAUUAAGUUCCUGCAAUUUUUCAGAGAUCAGCUGUGCUUCUCUGGUCUCAGCUCUGAAGUCCAACCCCUCCCAUCUGAGAGAGCUGCAGCUGAGUGGAAACAUGCUGCAGGAUUCAGCAGUGAAGCACCUGUGUGAUUUUCUGGAGAGUCCACACUGCAGACUGGAGACUCUGAGAUUGAGAUGGUGCAGUUUGUCAGAGAUCAGCUGUGCUUCUCUGGUCUCAGCUCUGAAGUCCAACCCCUCCCAUCUGAGAGAGCUGGACCUGAGUGGAAACAGCCUGGAGGAUUCAGGUGUGAAGCAGCUGUGUGGUUUUUUGGAGAGUGCACAUUGCAGACUGGAGACUCUGAGAUUGAGAUGGUGCAGUUUGUCAGAGAUCAACUGUGCUUCUCUGGCCUCAGCUCUGAAGUCCAACCCCUCCCAUCUGAGAGAGCUGGACCUGAGUAACAACAAGCUACAGGAUUCAGCAGUGAAGCUGCUCUCUGACCUUGUGGAUAAUCUGAACUGCAGACUGGAGACUCUGGGAAUCAAUAACAGGACGAUCAGAGCGCAGAAACUAAAACAAAAUGACUCUGAUGACAAACUGGAUGUUAAAACAAACCUGCCUGAGGACGGCAUAAAGACUCCAUCAUCCUUCUCACCUGUACUCACAUCUGGAGCGUCAUACAGGUUCAGGUGUCCUGGUCCAGGUGUGUUCCAGUGUGAUCUGACCGGACUGGUGUUUGUUAUGGCUCAGGAGGCGGAGCUGCUGUACAGGACUGUCCAAUGGGAUCAGAGCCUCCUCCAAUCAGCUGGCAAGCAGGCUGCAGGGCUGCCGUUCGAUAUCAAGAGUUCUGAGGACUCUGCUGUCCUUCAGCUCCACUUCCCACACUGUGAAACAAAGGAAGCGUUGCUGUUUGAUGGCCUGCUGUCUGUCGUCCACAUCACCGAUGAUGGAAUGAGCAUCUUGGAGCCGCUGGAGAUCACAGACACUCAUGUGGUUGUGAAGGUCCCUCACCUCUCUGUCUUUGGCCUCAUCUGGGAUAUCGUCAAAAGGUUUCUGAACAUCUCACUGCCAAUACAGGGUCAAGUUCUGCUGUUCCUCCGACCUCCAUAUGAAGAGGAUCGAAUACUCGACGUAUUUCUGCUGCAGAAAAACAUCCCUGUGCAGGAGGUUGCCGUCCAACAAGAAGAAGGUGCUAAGUUCAUCCCGAUCUCCUCCAGCUGUUAUUUGAUCUUUGGUCAAAGUUACAGUGUCCACUGUGAACCUGAGGGCUUCCAUAUACAGCCAGAGUGUGAACCAUUUCAGUCGAGUUGUGGACCAAAUUUCCCUCCAACAUUUGAAGUUUUCCUGACUAAAAACACAAAGAGAGUGACUGUGAUGGUCCAGGAACAAGAUGGGAAUGUACUCUGGAAACGUCGAGUCUCCCUGACAGGUCCAAGAGGGGAAAUCCCAGCAGAGGACAGAGUCCCAGCAGAGGACAGAGUCCCAGCAGACCAGAAACUGGGGGGAGCUGUUCGGACAGAGUUUGUUAAAAGAGUGUCUGAUGCUAAUCUGAACCUUCUCUUGGAUAAACUUUAUGAGCGUGGUGUGAUAAGUUAUGGUGAAAUGCAGUCCGCCACAUCAAAAUCCCAAUUAGACAAAGCACGAGAAGUGAUCGACACGGUGCGAAAAAAGGGAGCCGAAGCCAGUUCAGUUCUGAUAGCUGCCCUCCGUGAGGUGGAUCCACGUCUUUCCAGAUCGGACAAUAGAGCUGCUGAGAAGACGGUAAGACGAGAGGAGGAGCAAACAAGUCGGAACACCCAAAGUGAAAAGAAUGAAGUCAGACAGGAUUUACACUCGUCAGAGCAGAAGGAGGAAACCAAGCUGUCCGAGGCUGGACUUGAGGAGAUGAGUGAUUCAGAAGAAGAGGACAGAUCAAAGUCUCCAGUCUCCAGCUGUCCCUCUCUCAAGAGUGACCGGAGUAAAGGACAUGUUCCAAACUUCAGUAAUGAACCCGAACCCUCAGACACGAAGUAA